AUCGUCAAUCGUACGAGCAAACGCAGCUUUGCCUUUGGCACUUCCUAACGCGCCUCGUAGAUCCAAUCGACCUUUCCGCUCCCCGAAAUCGCCGCCGCGACCCGAAAGCCGGCCAAUUGACCUAGCCUACCACAGUCGAGAUGGCGUCCAUCAUCGCCCGGAGAGCGUUCACCACGACAGCGCGCAGGCUCGAGGCCGCCGCCCAGCCGGAGCUGAAGAAGGCGGGAAAGAAGGACCCGGAGCUGAUUAUCCUCGGCGGUAUCAUGGUGGCUGCUUUUGGCGGUGCCGGCCUUUACUUUGGCCGAUCUCCCACCACUUCCACGUCGGAGAAGACAGUCCCAAUGGCCGGCAUGCCUUGGGAAACAGGCGCGGAGUCUGGAAAGUACCGCUACCACCCCGGAGGGGACUCUAGCGCUGCUCCCAAGGAUGCUCCCAGUGCCGUCAACGUUGUGGUUGUGCCCAACGUCAACCUUCCCAAGGAACUGCACGAUAAGUACAACAAGUGGGGCAAAGAGGGAUACUAGAUCAUGAUGCUUUGGGAUAACCUCGUGCUGCUUGUCCAGCUUGGGUCAUGAGGAACGGAGGCGAAUACGAGGAAGACCCAGGGCUUCGACAGCCUGCAUAUACUAAUAUGGAGCGGAUUCAGUCCUUGUGGGUGACCUUGUCUUCCACGCCGGGUGGCGCGUGUUGAUCUUGUAAGCCUGGAUGUGCAUAUCUGGUCGCCUUUUUUUUUUCGUUCUCAGUGAAAGGAGAGCGUUCAUAACUGCGCCUUGGUAACAACCGAAACGAUGACGUUCUUCGAGAGCAACAGGCAAAAAGCGCUUGGUUUGUGACGGCCCACCCAGAAGCUACACCUUGUGAGCUAGCCUCCACAAGCUCAAUCUGCAAUGCUAGCAAUGGCAAGCGCCAUAUGAGAGGACGAUGGCCGCCAAUAGGUGUGUACUCUCGUCCGACGGACGUAUGGGCACAAAUAGACGGCCUAGCGCGCACAAAAGCUCAACAUGGGACCUUGGAUAUCUUUCUUCUAUAGUUGCGAUAUGUUGGCCAGUGCGAAAGUCUGAGGCAGUCCUAGUUGCGUUGGUGUGUUGAAGUAAAGAGGGGUACUUUGGAUUACCAAACAAUACCACUGGAGUCAGUAUCCCCACUGAUCCACCACGUGAGAGAGGCCCGUGAUCUCGACGCUGACAGUCGCCCAACGUUAACACAAGACCAACCAG